UUUUUCAACCCUUGCUUUCCACUGUAGAUGCCAAUAUAUACACGUUUCUUCUCCUCAUCUUCUUCUUCUUGUUCUCAAAUUUGACCUAAAUUUCACGAUUUUCACUUUCAUUUGGCGUUUCAAGCGCGAGCAAUCAUGGCCACAACCGGACACAACAGUCUCAAUGCCAAACUCGUUCUCCUGGGAGACAUGGGUGCCGGAAAAUCAAGUCUCGUCCUACGCUUCGUCAAGGGCCAAUUUCUGGAAUACCAGGAAUCCACGAUUGGAGCAGCGUUCUUCUCCCAGACGGUGGCUGUCAGUGAUGUGACGGUGAAGUUUGAGAUAUGGGACACAGCAGGUCAAGAGAGGUACCACAGUUUGGCUCCCAUGUACUACAGAGGUGCUGCUGCUGCUAUCAUCACAUACGACAUUACUUCCACGGAUUCAUUCAAUCGUGCUAAAAAGUGGGUGCAAGAACUCCAGAAGCAAGGUAACCCAAACAUGAUUAUUGCCUUUGCUGGGAAUAAAGCUGAUUUGGGGGACAAAAGGAAAGUGACAGCUGAAGAGGCACGAGUGUAUGCUGAGGAAAAUGGCCUUUUCUUUAUGGAGACUUCUGCCAAAACUGCUGCCAAUGUAAAUGAAGUAUUCCAUGAAAUAGCAAAGAGGUUGCCAAGAGCUCAGCCUGCUCAAAAUCCACCUGGGAUGGUUCUUGUCGACAGGGCCACAGAAGGUUCUCGAGCUGCGUCAUGCUGUUCAUAGGCAGAUGUUUCUAUUCCACAGUAUUUUCUUUUUUUUUUCCUCCACUUUUCACCUCCACCUCGUUUCCCUUGUGGUUUGCUUGAGGUACGUAUGUCCUGUCUGAGCAAAGCUUCUGAAACUUCCAAGUGACUAGGUGGUUGAACAAAAAACUCUUGUUCAUGAAGCAUUUACCCUAUAAGUGAAGUGCUUUGUGCAGUUGCUGUUAUGAUUAUGGGGGAGGGCUUGAUUGAAGGUCCCUUGGACAAAUUGGUGAAUGUAUAUUCAUUUUAUUUACAUACGGAAGUACUCUUAGUUGGCUUAUGUGAGAAGAAAAAACCUCUUUGGACAAAAUUAUUGUAGUAAUUCACAUGGUUCUUCUCCAUGGAAAACAUUUGAUGAAGAUCUUAUUAAUCAGUGUCUCUAUUAUUUGAUUC